UAAUUAAUUUUCAGUGUUUUCAUGUUGCAGUUGAUCAACAUGUUGGCCUUUUGCUUCCCGUAGAUACUUUAAAAUUUCUUCAUAACACCUCGUUCGCACACAUGGCCGUAUAUAUUUAAAUUCUUGAGCCACUAACAGUCCGAAAUACUCAUUUCUUUUAUCCUCUUCUCCAUAAAUUAAGCAUUUAGAACAGUUUGUUUCUUCUUUCAGUAAAUUUUCUUUUACUUUAUCCUCGUUUUUUUUCUUCGUUGCGACGACGCUGGGUAAAUCAUCUGGACACUGGGUCUCACUAUCGCCAAAUAUAUUUGGAGAUCGGCUUCGGCUACGGCUUGGCAGACAUUUUUUUCUUUCUACAAUUUUAAAUUAAAUUUAUUAGAAUAAAUGCUUCGAACACACGCGAUCUAAGUACCUUUUGUGUUUAUUAUACCUUACCUACCUAGGUAUAAAAAGAGUACUUACGUAGAUUUUCUUUUAUUAACUGUUUUAUACGAAGAUCUUGAUCUCUCAAAUUAGCAUCCAUUUUACUUCCAGUGAUUAUCAACUAAAUUAAUAAUCCACAAAGUAUUAAAUAACGUUUUUAUGAAAUAUUUAGCACAAAAACAAUACCCUUUAAAUAUCGAUCGUCAGUAACUGUGGCUGACUUACCUAUAUUCUAGCAAGCAGGACUGCCAGAUGUGAAGGGGAAAUCCCCAAUAAAUUGUUGCAUGUGACUGAUGAUGUGAGCAUGUUCGUUUCAUAAUAAAAAUGUUGCCAGGUAACCAAAAAGUCGUAUGUUUUUGUGCGAAUUACGAUCAUAAUCUUUACGAUCGUACAUUAAAAAAUAGACAAAUAAUAGUAUGAGUACGAUUUAAAUCGUAUAUCUGUCAACCCUGCUAGCAAGACAGCGACAAAAUCACGUUGCAUAACAAUGUAGCCCAAGCUUAUAUCUUAUGAAAUAUACGGAAGAGAUACGGACUUAGAAAAAACAGAAAUGUUGUUCUUUGUGGAAGUCAUUGAUGAAAUUCUAUGUAUUUUAGCCCGCAAACUUUCUUCAAACAAAAACAGCGCCAUCUAGUAUCGAGUUCUGUAAUUAUCUCUUUGUUUAUGGAUUUGAAGUAAGACCGCCACGCAUGCAAUACAUUAUGACUGGGGAUUCCCCUAUUCGUCGACGCUGAAUAUGAGGCGACGACAAUCACUGUCAAACGUGUUCACUAUUACUCUGACUCUGGUAACGUGACUUCCUGGUAACGUGUUAGGUAGGAAAAGCAGUAAAAAAGUGCAUAUUAAGGGAGCAGAUUUGAAAUAAUAUUUAUACUUAACAAGAAAUAAUUAAAGGUUCAAUGGGGAGACCUAAAGAUUUACGCAUAUGGGAGCACUACCGUACUUUACCAAACAAGUCUGUUUCUUGCAAGCUUUGUAAUAAGGUCUACAAAUUCAGUAAUGCUGCCAAAAUGCUUCAACAUCUUAUCACUUGUCCAAAAUCUCCAGAAACAUUAAAAGACUCUAUGAAACUUAUAAAAGAUAGCUCGUCCAAAACCAAAAUGUCUGGACUGUCAGAGAUAGAGACAAAUGAUUCUUUUAUAAGCCCCUCGUCGUCUGCUAACACUACAAUAAAUGCUGAGUUUCAAGACACCGAUGAUCAUAUAAAAACAGAAUUAGCGAGAGCUAUAUUUGUAACAGGGACGCCAUUAUCGAUGGUGCAACAUCCUUUAUGGAUACAAUUUUUCGAAAAAUUGCAACCAAAAUUUAAAAUACCUUCACGUAAAGCUUUAGCGACAAAAUACUUAGAUAAAAUAUAUAGAGAAAUGCGUUUUGAGUUAAAUGAGGAACUAAAUGCUUGUAGUUACUUACACCUUCAGUGCGAUGGCUGGUCUAAUUUAAGAAAUGAAGGAAUAAUAAACUUUCUUAUAUCAAAACCUCAACCUGCAUACGUUAAAAGUUUGAAUACAGAAAGUAAUCCUCACACUAGUGAAUACCUUAGCCAAGAAGUUGAAAAAGUAAUGAAAGUGUAUGGAGCAAAUAAGUUUCUUGUACUUAUUGGCGAUAACGCUAGAAAUAUACAAAAGGCAUUCGAAUUAACAAAACUCAAAUAUCCACAUGUUGUUCCUCUCGGUUGCUGUGCACAUAUCCUUAACUUGUUGUGCCAAGAUAUUGUAAAGAUACAAGAAGUAACUGUGUUUAUUAUGCAAGCCAUAAAUAUAAUAAAAACUGUUAAAAGGAGUCAACGAUUAAGUUCCUUGUUGAUAAAAUCAAGGCAGGGUGAAGAUUCUACACAAACACUAAAAUUGCCUUGUGCUACAAGAUGGGGAAGUCAUGUUACUUCGUUAAAAAGUUUGAAAGCAAAUAAGAUAGCUUUGCAAAUAUUAACAGUUAGAGAAGAUGUGGUAAUUUCAAGAGAUAUUAAAGAUUUAAUUCUAAGUGAUGAUUUCUGGACGAAGACAGGGGAAUGUAUAAGUAUUUUGGAACCAGUCACUGAAAGCAUAUUUUACUUAGAGAGCGACCAGAAUCGUUUGCAUCGCACAUACAUUACAUUUAGAGAUGUACAAGCUAAGAUACGUUUUGCAUUAAAUGAGAUUUCGACAUUGAGCGAAGAAAGCAAACAGCAGAUUCUAACAUCAGUAUCUUCAAGAUGCAAUAUGGCAAUGAGGCCAAUACAUUUUGCAGCAUAUAUUCUAGACCCCAGGACUCUAGGAGUCGAACUUACUCAAGAGGAAGAACUUAAGGGUAUGGAGUUUAUCUACAAUUUAAGCCAACACUUAAGUUUGUCAAAUGUAAUGGCAGAUUUGGCGUGUUAUAAAGCUAAAGAAAACUUUUGGGCCAGAGGAUUUGUAUGGAGCUCAUUAGAUAGCAUUGAGCCCCUAAUAUGGUGGAAAGGUAUUUGUGGUUCCACUGAGUUAAGCAAAGUAGCGAUUCGUAUUCUAUCAGCUCCCUGUACUUCGGCAGCCACUGAGCGUUCCUUUAGUAUCCAAGGCUACAUACAUAAUAACAAAAGAAAUCGACUUACAACUGAAAGAACUGAAAAAAUUUCAUUCAUUUGUUAUAACUGGAAUCUUAAACAUAAAGCUGAAUGCGAGGACAUUCAGUUUAAUGAAGAAAAUACCUUAGAAGCUUUCAUUGAGCAAGUAAAUGAACAUAACAGUUUAGACGAAAUAGAGCCUAUCGAACCUAUACAAUUCAUCGCUUGUAAUAACUCUGAAUCUGACAGUGAUUGACUGUAGUUUUACAUUUUACUUUCAUCUCUUUCUUAAUAAACUCAAAAUCAAAUUAAAAGUUUUUUAUUCUGUAGGCUGCAUAAUAAUAUUGUCUAUGUCCAGUAUAGUGGACGUCUUGCGGCUGAGAUGACGAUGAUGAAGUACAAAAUCAUAAACACCCAAAAAUUUGGGUGUUUAUGGGGUUUAAACCCAAUAAACCCAAAACACCCGGUUUUUACCCACCAGACUUUAAACCCACCCAGGUGGAUUGC